AUGGAUAAAAAAAGUAACGAAAAGACGGCACCGGACAGAGGGUUUGGCUGGUGUGUCUGUGCUGCGGCUUGCGUUACACAGUUUAUUUUAGCUGGAGUUGAAAACAGCUUUGGUGUCCUCUUUAUUUACAUACUGGAGGAAUUUGGUGCUGGCAAAGCAGAUUCAGGUACUUCUCUAACUAUAUAAAGUAAAAUAACGUAACGUAAAGCAAGGCCGUUGGAUAGGAUGAACUUCUAUAAAUUGCUUUUUAAGGCUGUUGCAGGCGCGCGGCGUUCAGACAGUGGAGAGUCAGUUGGAGAGUGGAGCGAAGUAGUCGCCCUAUGUAAGGGGAUCUAAGACAAUCUUGGAUUCUGGGAUUCCAUACCGUGGCUCCGGAUUUCCAGGUAAUGGAUUCCAGUCUUUGUCGGUGCAUCUUGGAUUCUAGAUUCCAUUUGUCAGUGGAAAUCCGGAUUCCUUUACCUGUGUUCCGGAUUCCAAGGCUUCCGCGAGCAAAAAUUUCCUGUUUUUCAGAAAUCGGAUUUCCUUGCAUGAGGCGAAAGUAGAGCGCGAAGGAAAACAACAGUGGACGAGAAGGAGAGAGAAAAAAAGAGAGAAAUUUCUUGUCCUUUCUCCAUACACACCUCGAUGUUUUUUCCGGUGCAAUUUUCUUUAGUUUACGCCGUUCCCGCAAACUGAACUCCUGCAUUGGCCAUAAAUUCUGUCGUUAUUGGUAACCAGUUCGGAUUCGUAAUCUAAUGUUAUGUUUAUUUCGGUAAGUUGUUUCUGCUGUUUCUGGCGUAUUUGUGGGCCACAGUGUACCCCCUCAUUUAAAAGAAUCCGGAUUCUGGAAUCAGGGAAAUUUUUGCUUGUGGGAUCCCGAAUUCCUAGGCUUUGAAAUCGGAAAUACAGCUCAAGGAUUCGGUAUCCCACUAACGACUGGAAUCCAGAAUCCAAGUACCACUGACAAAGAUUGGAAUCCAGUACCUGCAAUCCAGAAUCGAAGACUGCCUUGGAUUCCCAAGGGCGUUACAGGUGUUACCCCUACCAAGACUCUACCAAGUCCUUUUUUUUUUUAAGUCAAAAUGCAUCACUGCCCUCACUGAAAUGACUGACAUCGGCUUUUCCCUUUUUGGCUUUAGCCUGGGUUGGGUCAAUCCACCAAGGUUUCCUUUAUAUUCUGGCUCCGUUUGUUACAAUGGCAGCUGACCUAUGGGGAUGUCGGAUGACCUCACUUGUUGGAGGAAUUCUGUGUGUAGCGGGUCUCGGAGCGUCCUCGUUCGCCACUCGGGUCUAUCAUCUGUUCCUUACUUACGGAGUGGUUUUUGGAACUGGUGCUUGUUUUGUUCUCAUAACAACAUACAGAGCCAUCUCGUUGUGGUUUAAAAGGUCAGAUAUUAUCUUGUAUUUAAUUUGUUUUUUUACGUGUUUAGCCUGUGUGGGAUAUUCAUAUAAUUUAAGUUUUAUUAUUCCGGUAUUUCCUCUCAAGUUAAGUGACAAAAUGACAAAUUCAAAUUCAAAUAACUUUCAAGCCCUUUGACUGCAAACCCUGAAAUGUUUUAAGAUGUACAGCUGAGCGUUUGUGUGUUAGAAAUGGUCAUUUAUUUAAAUUUUAUCUUAAGGGUCUUUCACAUGUUCAGAAAUUUUGCAAGGAAAAGAAUUUAAAAAAUUGCGCCUUAUUUUACAAAUCUUAUUUAAGCUGUAUUCGAAAAACCGCGAAAGUAAGUCAGGGCAAACAUCUUACGUGUCAGAUCUUUUAAAUGAUCUGAUUGUGCGGUCCAUAAAGACUGCUAAUAAUAGACUCUAUUGCAAGUUAGUAGUCUUUAUGACUCACUCAGAGUGGUUUUGCAAACGGCUACUACGUAUUCCCCAGGGCUUCGCAUUUGCAGUUUGCCGUCGGUAACAAAAGAGUAUAAAGGGGCUAGCCCUUUUAUCACUUGGUAAUCAUAGUGCUUACGCUUGGCUUGCCGCAUUACCCAAAUGGACUGGAAACUCAGCACUCCAUGUCAUCCCGCAAAUUUGAACAUUUAUCUUUACAGUGUUUGGUCCCACACCGUGGACCCCGGAUUCCAGUUAUUGGAUCCCGACAGGUUAUGGACUCCUGAUUCCGGAUUUUUUGUUAGUGGAACUUGGAUUUCGGAUUGCAAUUGUUACUGAUUCCAAAACCAAGCCAAAAAGCAAAAGCAAACCUUUACUGGAUUCCAGAAUCCGGAUUCCCUCGCAUGCGGCGAAGUUUCGUCGACAGCUGGCUUUCCAAAUUCCUGCAUUUUGUUUAAUUCACUUCCAUAUUAAUUAUUUCAUAUCAUAUUCUGCACGCACGAAAUUAAAAAAUAUAUUAAUCGAAGCGUACUGUCCUUAAUGUAGCCGGCAACGAUAAAUUUAAAUCAGCUUUUGCUCAUUUUUUGAUGAAUGUGAAAGCCAGACUUGAAAAAUGGCGCGAAAAAUUGAUUACAAAUCAUCAUCCACGUCUUUCUGCCAUUUGCUGUAAACGCAGUGCUUUCAACAAUCUUCCUAAUGCUACAUCACUUAUCUAUUGUAGACAUUUGGCACUCGUCAAUGGCAUAUGCACCGCUGGUCAGUAUUCAGGUACUAUUGUGUUUAGUCAAGUCAUCCAGCUUGUUGUUGAGCAGAAAGGUUUAUCCGGGACUUUCCGAAUUUUGGCGGGAAUUGCCAGUGUUAUGGUGUUUAUUGCGUUAGUGUACCGCCAGCCACCUGAUACCCCCGGAGGAACUUCUCCAGAAAAAUUGUGCGUAAAGCCGAAAGAUACCUUUGACUUUUCACUUCUGAAAGACAAAUCGUUUUUUAUCUUUUUACUGGGAACAAGUUUGUACAUUUUUUUUUUCUUUGCGAAUGCCCUCCUUAAUGCAUGGAGGCGGUCCGUCUUUGUGACGUCAAAUCGUGAGAGUUAGAAUAUGGCUGAGAGCGGAAGGAAAAUUGCCAAACUAAAAAAAAUGCUUGGAAAUAAAUACCAAGAAGCAAGCAAGGAAAGAUUCGCAUUAAAUUGAAACGCUCCGACGCCGUGUUUAAUUUCUUUCAGUGCGUCAAGCACAUAGCAUCCUUGCACAGUGUAAAGUUUAGGAAAUUAGCGUUAAUUCUUACCCAAAUAUAUUGCUAUGAGAUAUGUGCUUCUUAAGGGAAGGUCCUCAUUCGAGAGACACUAGAGACCUUUAGAUUCGAGGAUGAGAACGACUACGAGUACGAAAUUUGUUUCGGAGUUCCUAAGCUUCAUUUUACGACUUUUUUUACACCAGAAAAGUUAGCACUGUUAUCUUUAUUGAAGGAGGUUAAGCCCUCUCUUGAAGGCAAAAUAAUAAAACUUCUAACAUUUGAUAACUUGUUUCUGACACCCCUCUGUAACAGACCCAGUGGAAUUAGAAUCUAUUUCAUUACCGGGUUCUCGGACAAGAUGUCAGCGGGUUGGCUUCCUUUCCACUGCGUUUUUUCUUUGUUGUGUAUCUCCCAUAAAAGCUAAAAGGAGAGGCAGGCCUGACAUCUUAACCGAAAUGAAACCUCUUAAAACCUUUUAAGUACUGCUAUAGCGAGAAGAACUAGAAGAAUAACUCUUUUUAAUGCGAGAUCGAUUACCUGUACCCUCCGAUUUUUUUUUUGUCAAUAGCAAUAAUUUUUUUGUUUUUGUUUUUCUUAUGAAAACUAUUCGCCAGGUACCUGGAAAGCUAAAAUUAUUACUGGGUAUACUAAAUUAAACCAACAGGAAGGGUUUCACUGGGUCUUUUACAGAGGGGUCUUUUCUGCUACUACGACAUUCUCGCUAAAACCAUGAAUUCUUUAACUUGUAGUAGAAUGACGAUGACUUUGACUUUUUCCCGCCAAGAUAACGCUGGUUCAUGCGCGCCCGCUUCUUAGUAUUGAGAAAAUCUCGUUCUCACCCAGUGGUCUUCCUCUUUGCAAAUCUAUAUAAAGGUCUCACAGACAUAAUUGCACUACCUUCAAACGGGCGUUUUUUCAUUAAAUAAAUUCUGAAUAUAUUUUUUUUCUCAUGUCCAUCCGGGUUUUAGCCUGCCUUUUCCAGAGAAACAGGAGUGUCGAAAGGCAAAGCACCGUUCUUGCUCAUAGCCUGGUCAAUAUCCUCCUUUUUGUUCUCUCUUGUUACUGGUAAGCUUGCCGAUAAGUUCCGAUCCCAUCGUGUGCAGAUAUUCCAAGUCGCCAUGAUCGGUGUUGCAAGUUCAACAGCUCUAAUCUCUGGGGCUUGGCUUUUUGAGAUUUUCCUUGCGCUUAUGGUACUGUACGGUGCCUUUGAUGGUGGAUUUGUCUUGCUUAGGGCAGUGGUUGCUGAAGACCUUGUUGGUAGUGACAAGGCCUCUCGAGGAGUAGGACUGAUGUUUGGUGCCCUUGGUUUUGCGUAUUUAGCAGGGAUUCCGUUAGCUGGUGAGUAA